AUGACUCGUGGCGACCAGCGUGAGCGCGACCGUCAGAAGAACCUCGACAAACUGGCGGCUGCUGGCAAGAAGCAGACCGGCAACCCCCAGCAGCGCCGCGAGGCCGACGCCAAGGCUCUUCAGGAGAAGAUUGCUGCCAAGAAGGCAGCUGCCGAGGGCGGAGGUGACGCCAGCGCCAAGGGCAAGAAGAAGUAA